UCAUCAUUGAAUUUCGCUUUCAGUCGAUCUAAAUUGCUUCAAGUAUUGACAUCAAAAUUGUUUUUUUCUCCAUCGCCAAUAUUUUAUUCGGUUUUAACAAAAAAAUGGCAGUGAAUACAAAUCGUCAUUUUGGCAAAGGAUCAAGUGAGCCAUCAUUCUCGAACGAUGGUAAAUUACGUUUGUUCUCGAUGCGUUUCUGUCCAUUUGCCCAUCGAGUCCAUCUUGUAUUGAAUGCAAAGAACGUUCCAUAUAAUGUUGCCUAUAUUAAUUUGUCUGAGAAGCCAGAAUGGUAUUCUGAAGUGAAUACAACUGGUAAGGUGCCAGCUUUACAGCUGGUCAACGAACCAAAUCAACCAUUUUUGGUGGAAUCAAUGGUGAUUGCUGAAUAUCUGGAUGAAAAAUAUCCCGAAGUUAAACUUUAUCCCGAAGAUCCAUUUGAUAAAGCUCAAACAAAAAUAUGGAUUGAACGUUUCAACCCGAUUGCAGGCGCUUUCUAUCGCUUGGUUUAUGAACAAAAUCCAGACGAUGUUAAUGCACAAUUGUUGAACACAUUCUACAGUGAACUUGGUAACUACGAAGCCGAAUUGGUGAAACGUGGAACGAAAUACUUUGCUGGAGCAAAACCGGGCAUUUUUGAUUACGCCAUUUGGCCAUGGUUUGAACGAUUCGGCAUUCUUAGCUCAGUUGUCGGAGAGAAGUAUAACUUUGAUGAUAGAUUCCCGACAUUGGCUAAAUGGCUUCAUGCUACCCGUGAAGAUUUGGCAGUUCAAAAACACUUGUUGUCAACAUACACUCAUACACAAUUUUCGCUUGGUCGCCGUGCUGGCACUCCACAUUAUGAUCUUUUAGUAGAAGAAUCCUAAAAGCAUUUCUCCAGUGCCCAAAAUCUACAUAUAUCCAUCAUCACAAGUGCUUUUUAAAUUCAAAUUGAGGAAUUUUUACGGUUUUAAAGUUAUAACAAAUGUUUUCUGUUCUUUUACAUGCACAUAUUAUUCCUCACGUAUUUCAAAUACGAUAUUUGUAAGCAAAUAAUAAAUAUAGUAAAAAAAAUCAUUUCAAAA